AUGGAUCACAAGAAUGUGAGCUCCCACUGGGUCUUCAUUCUUCUGGGCUUCUCUGACCGGCCCUGGUUGGAGAUGCCUCUUUUCCUCAUGGUCCUCGUCGCUUAUCUCUUCACUCUGGUGGGCAAUGUGGCCAUCAUUUUGGUGUCCCGGUUGGAUCCCAAGUUGGAUAGCCCCAUGUACUUCUUCCUGAGCAACUUGUCCUUCCUGGAUCUGUGCUUCACCACCACGACAGUUCCCCAGAUGUUGAAGAACCUUUGGGGCCCAGACAAGACCAUCAGCUAUGGGGGCUGUGUGGCCCAGUUCUACAUUUUUCACUUCCUGGGGGCCACUGAGUGCAUCCUUCUAGCCAUGAUGUCCUUUGACCGCUAUGUGGCCAUCUGCAAACCCUUGCACUACCUGGCCAUCAUGCAUCAGCGUCUCAGCAUCCUCUUGGUGGCCACGGCCUGGGUCAGUGGCUUGGCCAACUCCCUGCUGCAGAGCUCACUCACCGUCCAGCUUCCCCUUUGUGGGAACCACGUGGUCGACAACUUCUUCUGUGAGGUGCCGGUGGUCAUUGAGAUGGCCUGUGUGGACACCUCCUUCAAUGUGGCCAUGCUCUCCGUGGUGGGCACCUUCUAUGCCCUGGUGCCCCUGUCUCUCAUCCUGGUGUCCUACAGCUUCAUUGCUGUGGCGGUGCUAAGGAUCCGCUCCUCUGCAGGCAGGCUCAAGGCCUUCAACACUUGUGGCUCUCACGUUACCGUGGUCUCACUCUUCUAUGGCCCAGUGAUUGGGAUGUACGUCCAGCCCUCUGCCGACAACUCCCGGGAUAAGGCCAAACUCAUGACCCUAUUCUACAGCGUCGUCACCCCAAUGUUCAACCCCUUCAUCUACACGCUAAGGAACAAAGAUGUGAAAGGGGCGCUGAAGAGGCUUCUGGGGAAGAGCAGUCAAAGCCGGGGUAGGAGGGGUGAGGCAUGA